AUGGUGGUGGCUGAUGCUCACCCUGGAGGAUUUAACCCAUGGCAUCUGCACCUCCUGAACCCACUUGUACCCUCUAUCUUCCUGGAUCAGGAUCUACUCCUGUUGCUCAUCAGCCCUCCUCCGCUUCUCACCCCCCCCGCCGGGGAUGCUGCGGUCAUCACCGGGGCUUGCGACAAGGACUCACAGUGUGGAGGAGGCAUGUGCUGCGCUGUCAGUAUCUGGGUUAAGAGCAUAAGGAUCUGCACACCCAUGGGCCAAGUGGGAGACAGCUGCCACCCUUUGACUCGGAAAAGCCAUGUUGCAAAUGGAAGGCAGGAAAGAAGAAGGGCGAAGAGAAGAAAAAAGAAAAAGGAGGUUCCAUUUUGGGGGCGGAGAAUGCAUCACACGUGUCCCUGCCUGCCAGGCUUAGCGUGUUUACGGACAUCUUUCAAUCGGUUUAUCUGUUUGGCCCGGAAGUGA